UCCUGUCCUCCCUCCCGGGGAGGUGACACGUCGGUGCCCGCGGACAGUCGGGGGGCGGGCGGUAGGAGGAGGAGGUAUGAUCCGGGGGGAGGGGAGGCCGCACCGCACACACCGUCCCCGCCGCCCGGUUCAUGGGGUAUAUAAGCCGCAGCUGCUCCAGCGCAGACCGGACUGGAUGAGAGAACUUUCCCGGGGAGAUGUUGUGGCGGAGCCUGGGCCGAGCGCUGCUGCUCCCGGGGCGGAUGGUGCUGUGUGUCCUGCGGGCGGCGCUGUCCCUGCUGCUCCCGGGGAGGACGAGAGACCUGCGGGGGGACACGGUGCUGAUCACCGGCGGAGGAAGGGGGAUCGGGCGGCAGCUGGCGAGAGAGUUCACCCGGAGGGGAGCCAAGAAGAUAAUUUUAUGGGGAAGAACAGAAAAGUGUCUGAAGGAAACGGCUGCGGAGAUCCGGCAAAUGGGGUCGGAGUGCCACUACUUCAUAUGUGACGUCGGCAACAGAGAAGAGGUGUACCAGCAAGCCAAAGCUGUCCGAGAAAAGGUGGGCGAUGUCACCAUCUUAGUAAAUAACGCUGCAGUGGUUCAUGGGAGGAGCCUGAUGGACAGUGAUGACGACGCCCUCCUGAAGUCCCAGCACAUCAACACUUUAGGACAGUUCUGGACUACCAAGGCGUUCCUGCCUCGUAUGCUGGAAUUACAGAACGGACACAUCGUCUGUAUAAACUCUGUCCUGGCCUUAUCCGCCAUCCCAGGAGCCAUUGACUACUGCACCUCCAAAGCUUCCUCCUUUGCCUUCAUGGAGAGCCUGACCCUGGGGUUGUUGGACUGUCCGGGGGUCAACGCCACCACCGUGUUACCCUUCCACACCAGCACCGAGAUGUUCCAAGGAAUGAGAGUCAGGUUUCCUGGUUUAUUUCCUCCUCUGAAGCCGGAAACUGUAGCUAGGAGGACGGUGGAGGCCGUUCAGAAGAAUCGCGCGCUCUUACUGCUGCCCUGGACUAUGCAUCUUCUUGUCAUCUUAAAAAGUGUUCUCCCCCAAUCGGCACUUGAAGAAAUCCACAGGUUUUCAGGCUCUUACACUUGCAUGAACACAUUCAAAGGGAGGACAUAAAUCCAGCCGAGGAACCGAGGAAAAAGUUAAUGAGCCAGAAGCGGAGACCCCUCCCCCAAGAGCGCGGAUGGCGGUAAAGCAUCGUGCCUCCGAUCUACAAGGCUUCUGAAGGAACGUCGGUCCUCCGGAUCAGACAUUGCAGCGCAGCCUCUGCAGGCCCUGAUCUCGUUGAACUGUAUAUGGAGGGUGAAGGCCGACAGUUUUAUUUAUUUUUUAAAUAGUUUUGAUGGUUUUAAAUUUUUUAAAGAUAAUUUUAUUCUUUAAAUCGGCCGAUAAUGUAAAUAUUUACACUUCAGUUUUAUUGUUCUGCAUUUUAAUUGGAUUAUUCUGCUGGUCUGGUUCCUCACAACAUCUGCCUCGUGAUGGUUUUUACCGGUGGGCCAGUGACUAGGCCGAUGUGCGGUAUGGUGCUGUGGGCCGGUGACUAGGCCGGUGUGCGGUAUGGUGCUGUGGGCCGGUGAGCGGUAUGGUGCUGUGGGCCGGUGACUAGGCCGGUGAGCGGUAUGGUGCUGUGGGCCGGUGACUAGGCCGGUGAGCGGUAUGGUGCUGUGGGCCGGUGAGCGGUAUGGUGCUGUGGGCCGGUGACUAGGCCGGUGAGCGGUAUGUUGCUAUGGGCCGGUGACUAAGCCAAUGUGCGGUAUGUUGCUGUGGGCUGGUGUGCGGUAUGUUGCUGUGGGCCGGUGACUAGGCCAAUGUGCGGUAUGUUACUGUGGGCUGGUGACUAGGCUGGUGUGCGGUAUGUUGCUGUUCGCCGGUGACUAGGCUGGUGUGCGGUAUGUUGCUGUGGGCCGGUGACUAGGCCAAUGUGCGCUAUGUUGCUGUGGGCCGGUGACUAGGCUGGUGUGCGGUAUGUUGCUGUGGGCCGGUGACUGGGCCAAUGUGCGGUAUGUUGCUGUUCG